CAUUUUGCAACCUCUACCUGCAGAUCUAUAAAAUAUAAAGAUCCACUUCUUGCCUUUCUUGCUUUGGUAGGCUUUUACACGUGUAUGAGCGCACAGAUCUGAAAUGGACAUUGACAAGCCGGACGAGGCCCCUAAGGCCAAUGGGGCAACGGAAACAGUUGCAGCAGCUCCAGCAGCAACGUCGGUAGAGGAGAAGCUGAAAGCGGUGGUAGCGCUGGUGGAGAAAUCUGUCAAGGCGAAGGAUACCCGCUUGCUGAUCGGCAGGCUCUUGCGCCAAACCGCCAGCGUUCGCAAGCAGCUGACGCCAGCAAGCAUUAAGACUUUCCUGCAGCAAACUUUGCCCGCAGACCUGGAGUCCCGCUCCUUCCUCAACUCGCACAUCGAGCAGGCAUCGUCAUCGGGGAUGGAUGCGGAGGAGGCAACCACCUCGCCCCAAUGUGAAGCAUCGGCGGUGAUUCCCGAGGUGGAGCUCUACGCGUACCUCAUAGUCCUGCUUUUCCUCUGCGACAGCAAACAAUACCAGCUGGCCCGCAGUGUGGCCGACGCCGCGCUAGCCCGCCUGGCUCACUUCAACCGCCGCACUCUGGAUGUGAUCGCUGCGCGCAUCUACUUCUACUACAGCCUCAGCUACGAGCACACCGGCGAGCUGGCCAGCAUCCGCAGCACGCUGCUGGCGCUGCACCGCACCGCCGUACUGCGACACGACGCGCUGGGGCAGGAGACGCUGAUGAACCUGCUGCUCCGGAACUACCUGCACUACAACCUGUACGACCAGGCUGAGAAGUUCCGCAGCAAGGCCGCCAAGUCCGACCAGUUCCGCAGCGGUCAGCAGUACUGCCGGUACCUGCACUACCUGGGCCGCAUCCGCACCAUCCAGCUGGAGUACAGCGAGGCGAAGGACUGCCUGCAGCAGGCCCUGCGCCGCGCGCCCGCCAUCGCGCACGGCUUCCGGCUGGAGUGCGCCAAGUGGCUCAUCCUGGUGCGGCUGCUGCUGGGCGAGAUCCCCGACCGCCCCGAGUUCGCUGCGCCGGGCAUGAGCCGCCCGCUGCAGCCGUACUUCGAGCUGACGCAGGCGGUCAAGGCGGGAGACACGCUGGCGUUCAAGCAGGUUGCCGAGCGCUUCAGCUCCUCCUUCACCUCCGACCGCACGCACAACCUGAUCAGCCGACUGCACCAGAACGUCAUCCGCACCGGCCUGCGCCGCAUCAACGCCGCCUACAGCCGCAUCGGGCUGGCGGAGGUGGCGGCAAAGCUGCACCUGGCCAGCGCCGAGGAUGCGGAGUACAUCGUGGCCAAGGCCAUCCGCGACGGCGGCAUCGACGCCGUGAUCGACCACUCCGCCGCCUGCGUGUGCAGCCGCGAGCGCUCCGACGUGUACUCUAGCGGGGAGCCGCAGGCCGCCUUCCACGCGCGCAUCGCGUUCUGCCUGGAGCUGCACAACGAGGCCAUCAAGGCCAUGCGCUUCGAGCCGGAUGCGCACAGGCGGAAGGCUGAGAGCAGCGAGGCGAGGCAAGAGCGCCUGGCUGCGGAGCAGGAGUUGGCCAAGGCACUGGAGGAGGACGAUGAGGACGACUUCUGAUUUGGAUAGGAAACAGUUGAAGUAGGCAGAUUACAAAUACAGGACAGCUUCCUCCAGCUCUGGACCUGUACUAUGUUUAAUGGCGUUACCUGUGUUUGAGAUAGAUGUUAACGUGUGAAGUAAUUGAAUGCUGGUGCAUUGAUGCUACCGUUGAGUUUACUGGCUGCAUGCUUGGGUGUGCGCUUGCCCGGCAUGGUCCCGGAUGCUGCAUGGGGCAUUGGCCUCAUUCGUACGUCGUACGCUUGUCAUUCACAAUGGCGGAAGUACCUAAACCCAUCGGUAGUCACUUUCUACCUGCUGUAACAGUACUCCAGUAAAUGGCCUAUCGCACUCGUCAUAGUUGCCAGCCUCUGCAACCAACCGAAGUUCUUCGCCAAAGGCUCGCAAGCCUAAUAAUCAACUGAUAACGUGUGGUUCCUGACUUUGGAAUGACUCCUGAACUUGUUCCGAGCUACAUGCUUGGUGAACGUGGCGACCAAAACCUGCCGUUCUUCGUGCCUGGCUGGUCGCCCAUCCCCGAAGUGCCUCCCCCGCUCUCUGGCGACGCUACUACAGAACCCAUGGAAACGGAGCCUAUGGCCGCUUUUGUCAAUAGCGAGAUGCGGCAAGGCCCGCGCGGUGGCAAGAAGCCCCUGCGGCCGCGACAGCAAUUGCUGAAUAAUUUGCAAAUGGAGAUGGAGAAGCAGACGCAGGCACUGAAGGAAGCGCAGGACGAAAGGGAAAGGCUGCAACAGCGCAUCAAGGUCCUCGAAGUGGUGCUGCCUGUGAGAGAGCAGCAGGUCCAGUUACUAAAGCAGAAGCGCCAUGCAGCCGGAGAGCAGGAUCAGCCGCUUUCUGAGUGCGGAAUGCCACAGCGAACAGCUGUGCUGCGCAUCACAGAGCUCCCAACUGCUGCCUCCAGCGAUAGCUUGGCUGCAGAGUCAGGCACGUCAUCGCACGGCGAGAACGGCCCUGGCGGCAAAAUAGGGGCUAAUGGCACCGGCACAGCGACAUCAUCCCCUCGCGCCUGCAAUGGCGCCGCGGAGGCACUUCCAACAUCUGCUGCAAACAUGCAGGUUGUGCGUGCAGCAGCCACCAAGCACAUGGUUCGCCAAUUUAUGUCUAUUUGGAACGUAUGGGUGCGGAACGCGGGCCUGUUGUUGCACGCUCACGACGCACGUCCGCACGAUCCCGGCCCGAAGAUGAAGCUCACGCGCCUGCACGAUCAGCUCAUCCCAAACCUCCGGGCUAUGCGACUGGAGGACCCGCACCUCGCCAUGAGCCUGAUUUGUCUCAACUUUGAGACAGGGGAGCGGGAUGAGCCGCCUCCCGACAGCCACUGGAUUUCCGUGGUGCAAGGCCUGCGCCUCACGACCGAGCAGGUGGCGGACUGCUGCGCUGCCGUCUCCCUCUACCGCGAACGCAUGGCCCGAGUGAUGUCGGAGCGCAAGAACCUCGCCUCGGCGCUGGGUACCUCUCUGCCGCUGCAUGGGACCGCCUCAGCAGCGGCGGCAGCGGCCGGGAAAGGCUCCGCCGCCGGCCCAGCGGCAGCAGCGGGCGCGACCAAGGGUGGUGCUGGUGGUGGCGGAGGCGAGAAGCCGUCGUUGCCGUUCACGUUGCUGCAUGCCGUGGAGGUGACGGAGAAGCUGCAGCGCAAUGUGGUGGAGGAGGGCCAGGCGGUGGAGUUUGUCAGGGACUUUAUGGGCAGCUGUCUCUUUUCGCUGGUGCAGCUGGUGCGGGCCAGCGUGCUGUCGUACCCCUACUUCCCUGACGCCGUCUCCAUCCUCAACACCGUGGUGUCGACCAUGGGAGGCGCCGUGAAGCACUUGUAGACCCGUGGGUCGCCCGUUGCCCAGCUCACAUUGUUUUGCUCCCUUGAGCUCGUCUUGGAGCAACCUGGAGGGGCAUCGGACCCUUGGGGACGCGGCGUUUCGCGUCCUCAUGGGAACGGGAACGGUAAAGGAAGCCUAACGGUACGGCCUUACGUUUGACGCUGUUGCAUGGCCAGCCUUGUGUCUGCAAGCACAUGUACGUUGUGCGGUGUCUUUAACCAUAUCUGCGUGUCUGUGUGACAAAUGCGUGCUGAAUGCCUUUCUCUUGGUGCAUAUCGAGCGUGUGUUUGUAUUUUGUGUCGUGCAGGGUGCCUUUUGCCUCUGUUGCUGCGUGUUGGGUGUUCUUGCGUGAAGUCAAUUGCUUGUGCGGAAGUUAGGGCGCUUUCCACGAGUCUUGUCGCACUGAAUGAAGACAUGUGUCGUGCAUAUGCAAAGGUUGGAAAGACGGGCUUGGUGGUGAGUAAGGCGGUCGCAACGUUUGUGGUAACUGGUAUGGGUGGGCACGCACCUUGCGCCAGUCUGGAAUGCACUAUUAACUUUAUAUCUGCGAGUUUAACUAUCCACUGUCGCAUUGAAACAAUAUGACGAAAACUUUUGACCGUUUUGCAUUUAGAGAAUCUUGCUGAAGAAGGAAUUUGAGGGGCACCAAGGACUAAGGAACACCUCCUUACGGCGCCUUUGCCGGCCUGACCGCAGAUGCGGUUUUGGGGGCUGUGAUGGGCAGUGCCAUUGCAGGGGCGUACCUGGGUUGCUAGGUGUUUUUCCCGUGCCCAUUCCCCAAUCCGGCUGCGCCCCUCGCCGCUCCUCUCAUGACUCGUUACGACAAAACCUUCAGGGUGCUAUGAUGGAC